UAGAAUGUGAAUUUUUAAGAGAGAUGAUGCGGCAAUAUUUGGGACUUCGACUUCAGUUUUUUGUACGUGUCCUCUAUUGGUACUAAAUCUGGAGAUUGCUUUAUGAAACAUUGUAGAGAGAAAUCAUGAAAAGCAGAGAAAUCGAACGUCGUCGCUAACAUGCCGUCUUCUAUCGCUAUCGCCGUCCGGUUGUUGAGGUCACCGUCAUCACGUACCCAUUGCUCUGAGUUGCAACAGGGUGGGUGAGAGAUUUAGUCGGCAUUUCUUCUGGGUAUUUUUUAGGUCUUCAUCGGCAUUACUGGGUCUUCAUCAGCAUUUCUCUGGGCAUUUCUUCUGGGCUGGGCAGCAAGGUUGGUGUGAUGCGACGAAGCAACGAGCAAAAAAUUGAAGGAGAAGGAUGAGAGAAUAGGGAGGGAUUUUGUACGAAAGAAUGCAUCGUUUUCUUUAUGCCACGUAGGCCCGAGGCCGCGAAGGGGAUAUCUUGCGGUUGCAUAUAGACUUUUCCUAAACCCUAAACCCUCUAUUUCUAUUUUCUUCUUCCCCAGCCCCCCAGACUCACGCUACGUCCUAUUUACGAUUCAUGAAUAAACCCUGAAAAACUUUUCUCCAUUCCUGAAUCUCACUCGAGCCCCUCGGCCUCUCUUCAUCACUCUCUGUCUCUACACCUCCCCUAACGGCGACGAGUCUCUCUGCCUCACUCUCUGAGUCUCCGCACCUCCCCUCACGGCCCGUCGCACAUCUCGCCGUCUCGGCCCCUCUCUGAAUUUCUCACUUCUCAACGGCUCAACGCUGCGCUGUCCCUCUCUCAGGCAUGAAGAGACCCAAAGCACUCAAGAAGUGUGAGAUGAGCAGACAUGGAAUUAAGAAAAGCCAUUUCAAAGAACAGAUUCGUCGUAGCCCCUCACCAAGUUCCUCAGAGGAGCCAUCAAACGAGCACUCUACUGGUGUUGCAUCUGAGGAGGAAUUAAUUCCUAGAGAGGCAUCAAUGUAUGAUAAUUUGUUGAUGACACUGCGGUCAUGCAGCAAAUCUGUUGACGAUGUGAUUAAGAAGAGACAAAGGCAGGAAGAAGGUAAAAGUGACGCAGAAGAUGAUGAUGAAGAAGAUGGGUCUGAAUCUUUUAGUGUGUCAGAGAAGGAAGAUAGUGAAGAAGAAGGUAUACUGCAACAGAAUGACAUGGUUGACAUGGGGGAGAGAAAUGAAGAUGCUGAAACUGAAGAUGACCCUGAUGCCUCUGAAACAGAUCAAGAGCAUGAUGUUGAAGUCGAUGAUCUAUUUUCUGUUGAAGGUUCAGUGUGCAUGAGUUCCUUUAGUUCGCACUUGGGGUGCAAGUUAUCAGAAGAAGAAGUUGAAAAUCUGUCCAAAAAGAAAUGGAAAUAUAAGUGGGAGGAGCCUGCUGAUGGGAUGUCAAAUUGCAAGUGGAUUGGAACUGGAGACUGUUUCUUAAAGGAUGUUGAUAAAAGUUCUGGUUAUGGUCUCGAGCAGAGGUUGUAUGAGCACUGGUUGGAUGUCUCUAAGACAUCUGGAAGGAAUGAUUUUUAUUCAUCUAAAGAGAGAUUAUUCUUUUCCCUUUGCAAUGGUUAUCGGGAUAUAUUGCAUUGUAACAAGAAACCCUUUUAUCUCAAAGGCCCGGAAGAAGACUCGAGUAUCAUGGAGGCUUAUAUUAUGCAUUCUCUUAAUCAUUUAUUCAGAACUAGAGAUCUCGUGACAAAGAAUGAUUCAAAACUGGCAAAGGAUCUAUGCAGUGCUUACAAUGAAAAUCUUGGUGGUGAUAGUUUCCGUGAUCAUGGCUUUACUCGUCCUAAGGUUUUGAUCCUAUUGCCACUUAAACACAUCGCACUUCGUGUUGUUCAGAGGCUAAUUAAACUAACCCCUCUAGCUCGCAAGGCUAAUGUGGAGCACAUUGAUCGUUUCCUUAAAGAAUUUGGAACCCAGGAGGACGAAGAUGAUGAAGACAAGGACGAGCUAUCGCAUCACACCCUGGGAAAUUUAAAAGCUCAGAAGUCUUCAAAACCUUCUGACUUUCAAGCACUUUUUAGCGGCAAAAGGGAUGAUGAAGAUCAGUUUAUGGUUGGAAUUAAGUUUAAGAGGAGGAGGAUAAAGUUAUACAGCGAUUUCUAUUCCUCAGACAUCAUUGUUGCUUCUCCAGUUCGUUUAGUCGGGAAAAUAUCGGAGGCUCAAAAAUACAAGGAAAAAGAUGUUGAUUAUCUUUCUUCUAUAGAGGUUCUAAUCAUUGAUCAUGCGGAUGUCAUUGCAAUGCAAAAUUGGUCACAUGUGAAUACAGUUGUUGAACAAUUGAACCACAUACCAUCUAGGCGGCAUGGAACUGAUAUUACACGUAUUAGACCAUGGUAUCUGGAUCGUUGUGCAAGGUUUUAUAGGCAAACAAUUAUAUUGGGUUAUUAUUCUAACCCAGAUAUUAAUGGGUUGUUCAAUCACCAUUGCACUAACUACCAAGGAAAGGUAAAGUUGGUAUGCGAGUAUAAGGGUGUUCUUCCAAAAGUGUUACUCCAAGUACGGCAGAUCUAUGAGCGAUUUGACGUGGACUCAAUAGCAGAUGCUGAUGAUGCACGAUUCGAGUAUUUUGUUAAAAAGGUGUUUCCAAAGAUAAAAGACUCGGUUCAGGGAGGAGUUAUGCUAUUUAUCAGUUCUUACUUUGAAUUCGUUCGUAUCCGAAAUUUUUUAAAGUCACAGGAUGCAUCUUUCUGUCUGCUUGGAGAGUACACGGAACAGAGUGAUAUUUCUCGUGCACGUGUUUGGUUCUUUGAAGGAAGGCGUAAAAUUAUGCUUUACACUGAGAGGGCUCACUUUUACUUCCGAUACAAGAUUCGUGGUAUUCGGAAUUUAAUAAUGUACUCACUGCCUGAGCGGAAGGAAUUUUACCCUGAGAUUGUUAAUAUGCUUGAUGUUUCCCAUAACAUGUCGUGCACAGUGCUAUUUUCUCGCUUCGAUCAUUUUCGGUUGGAGAGAAUAGUUGGAAGUGCUCCGGCAACAAGGAUGUCCACUUCAGAGAAGAGUGUCUUCGUUUUCUGUUGAAAGACUUUUCUGGGCUCUAAAAGCCAACCCCAUUCGACAAUAAGCACUGGAGAAGAUAGACUUCAUUUAUCUUAUCAACGUUCUCUGGAUGAGAUCGACUUUUAUUUAGCCAAGAAAGGAAACAAUGGCGAUGACUUGGAACUUGAAAUCCAUUUUUGCAAGUGGAGGAUGGAUGGAUGUGUUCAUAAUUUUUGACAAUAAGCACGUGAGAAGUUGCCCUUUGUUUUCCUCUUUAUUCUCUGAAAGGGUAGCCAAACUCACUUACCCAUUUAUAAGAAUUCAUUCCUUUUCCUAAUUUUGUCACUAGGAUCUUUGUUUUUAUUAUUUUUUUAUUUCUAACUUUUUGGCUGUAGAUAUGAUAUUUUUGUUUAUACUGUUUAUCAAUAGUUGAAAGGAAAAUGUUAGUAUGCCGUUUGAGUUUC